UCUGCCCCGAGAUUCUCUCCACAUCUUUUUGACUAACUGUUCGUUUCUUGGCCUAUACACCGCGUAUCAUAACGACAGUGAGUUUAUAGCUAUGGAGAAAUCAGAAGCUCGGCCUUAUGGCCAAUAUUGCUAUGUUGAGGUCGCACCCUCUCCCGAAGCGACCCCGACGCGUGCCCGACGCGGUCGCAUCACUGGGAUCGCACUUGGCAUGAGCUUUGUCUCGUUGCUCAUGCUAAGUUCUAUGAUUCUAUCUUUUCCCGGCAUAAUUUUAUCUCCUUGUCACAAGCUGAAGGGGUUCCUCUCCCCCGCGAAGAAUGACGGGACACCGGUGCUAGCAUCAAGUAACAAGGUUCCGUUUGAGGCGCAUAUCAUGAGCAAAUGCCCAGACGCUCAGGACUGCCUCCAGCAGUUGGUCGUCCCUGUUAUGGAGCGGAUCAGUGAGAAAAUCGAUUUUGAGUUGUCCUUCAUUGCAAGCGUCUCUAACCAAUCAUCCGAUAUACAAUGCAAACACGGCCCUGGGGAAUGCAUUGGUGAUAUGGUCAUGCUUUGUGCUCAGGAUCUACCUUUCUCGGCUGAAGGCGAAACUGGGAAACCUAUUCGCAUGCCGACCAUCCGUUCUCUAGGGUUUGCCAAUUGCCUUAUUGGACAAUACGCCCAUAUUCCGGACCGCACGCUGGUCCACAACUGCGCCUUGAGGCAUGGUAUCGAUUUUGAAGCCCUGAACAGCUGUGUCAGCAAGCAGGAGGAUGAUCCUGUCAAUGACGCCCUUAGUGGUCUGGCGUUGUUGCGUCAGAGUGCCAUUCAUAGUGCGGAACUUGGAGUUUCCACCAGUUGCACUGUCCGGCUGGACGACUCUGUCUGGUGUGUCCGCGAUGGUGCAGCAUGGAGGGACUGUGCUAAAGAAGGGAAGGGAAGUCAAGUAUCGGUGCUCGUUGAGGAAGUUGAAAGGCUGUGGAAAGCGAAAAACUAAGCUUUCAGAUCGAUCUUUAAUGACAGUAUGGUUGCUAUGAUUUAUGAUGUUUGUCUUCAAGGAGCGCUGGUCAAUGCUCCUGCUUGCGUUCCUACAGGAAACACUACCAAGAUUAUAUUCGCUUUAUAUAUAGGCAUUAUUUAUUGCAGAUAUUGGUGCCCAGCUAAUUCAUAAUGUUUGAAUUUUUUUUUUGUUUGGUCAAGACUUUACCUUUCAUCAUGCUCAAUACAAUGCAAAGCAGGGGUUCAUACUAAUACCAGUAUAUUUCAUAAAGACAUACUUUAUGCGUUAACACCCCUCUCCAUAUCGCAUCGUUUACUGAUCAACCAUUGUGC